AUGGAGAUCAAGGGUGACCAGGUCACAGCUCGGGAAUGCCAAGCUAUGCAAAACCAACUCAAUAACGAGCUAGAUGAGCAACGGAAAUCCCGCAGAAGCUGGAACAAGGAAGCUGCCAAAGAAAAAGCCAUUGAUUUGUACCUCAAAGGAAUCGCAGAAAAAAUCCUGACGAAGGGGGGCGACGUCCAAUGCGCUGAGAAGUCGGAUCCUGACGAAGUAUUGGCUCUUUAUAUAGCUGCAACCGAUGAUGCGGUCAGCGCAGUGCUGUUUAAAACCAAUACGAACAUUGAGCAGCCAAUUUACUAUGUCAGCAAGACACUUAACCCGGCGGAAUGGAAUUACACGAAGAUCGAGCAGUUGGCACUAGUAUGGGCAACUCAGAAGUUGAGAACCUAUUUCUUGACUCAUUAUGUUCGUGUCCCCUGCAAAGCACCGUUAGAGGCUAUUCUCAAAAGCACUGGUAAAGUUGGGAGGAUAGCAAAAUGGAACACACAUCUCGACCAAUUCAACAUAAUCCAUGAGAUUCAAUAUUCCCAGAAAUCUCAAGUUUUGGCAGAUUUCCUAGCGGACUUACCUUUGGACAAUGACGAGGAAGUCCAAGGCGUGCCAGAAACUGAAGAUGGAAAAGACCCUGUCGACAUUCUGGAACCUACAAACCAAAGGCAAUGGGAAGUAUUCGUAGACGGGUCCAGAAAUCGGGAAGGUGCUGGCAUAGGCAUGGUAAUCACCACCCCCACCGGAGAAAGGAUCGUCCAUGCGCUGAGACUAGAGUUCAAGGGGCAUUCCAACAACAUCGUCGAAUACGAGGUUGUGGUACACGCUCUUCGUUUAAUAAUAGAAAUGGGCUUAACCGAGGUACGCUUGACAAGUGACUCACAGCUGGUCAUAUGGCAAAUAGGGCUAGAAUACAAUGUCUACGACGAAACCCUUUCAAAGCAUAUGGCGUUAGUCCAGACACUGGCAUCCCAGAUACCGAACAUCAAAUUUUGGAACCUAUGCAGAAAGGAACUCAGGCAUGCCGAUGCCUUGGCAUACAUUUCAUCUAUGUUAAAAGAUGAGAGCAUGAAAGCUAUCAAAGUAUCCAGGGUUUACGAACCUUCCAUCAUCCCUCAACAAUCCCUCGCCACACACCUCAAGGACAACGUUGGGGAGGAUAUUGCUGAGGAUGAUGUAGGGGAGGAUAUUGCCGACGAUUUCAUGGAAGAUGACAUCGUAACGAAAGCAAAUGAGGAUGAGUAUUUUACCAAGGAAAAAGAUUGGAGAUCUGAGAUUCAUCUUUACCUUCAGGAAGGUACUCUACUUGCAGACCUGAAACUAGCCAGGAAGAUACAAGCCAAGGCAGGGAGAUACGACCUCCGUGACGGGAUCUUAUAUAAAAAAUCUUUCCUCGGGCCAUUACUACGAUGCGUGUCAAGACAAGAGGGGCACCUCAUUCUAAAAGAAAUACAUUAUGGCGAUGCAGGGAAUCAUAGCGGAAUGAGAUCGUUAUCGGACAAGGCAAAAAUGCAGGGGUAUUAUUGGCCACAUAUGAUAAGAGAUGCAGCUAGGAUGGCCAGAAGAUGUGAAGAAUGUCAACGGUUUUCCAGAAGGAUCCAUGCUCCCGCAACAAAGUUAAAUUAUGUAGAUAGCCCCUGGCCCUUCUCCAAAUAG